AUUUCAGCAUCCUUGUCCGUCCUUCAAUCAGACCUAACAAUACGUACGUCGUAUAAUCAGUUGGAAAAGGCUAGACUUAUAGAGUUAAUCGAGCCGACACUUCUGUCUCAUUAUUCGCGGAUUAGACGCUUGAAUUGCUAUGAUGGCAAGUAGACGCCUUCCAGUAAUCCUCCUCGCGGCAAUUGCUCUCUGCUCGCUCCUGUCGCCCGCUGCGUGCUCCGCCAACCCGUCCACCGCCUUCUGUCAAUCCCUCGUCGCCAAGCCGCGAGCGACGUGCAGCGCGAUCUCCGCAGUCGCCGGCUUCGACCUGAUGGGCCUGCAGGGGCGGUGGUACGGAGUGGCAUCGUCAGCGCAGCAGCAGUUCUCGACAGAGCUCGGAACGUCUUGUAUCGCGUACGACUUCAACCCUGUUUCGCAGCCUGGCAGCAGCAGCCAGCGCUUGCGUCUCACGUCCCGUGGCCUCCAAGCAGCGAGCCCCAUCCAGUCCGCCCAGGUCGCCACCAUCGCCGCCACGUGUGCCUCCAUCGCCCGCCUCCUCGCCUCGCUCUGCUCCGCUGCAGCCGCUCCCAACCUCCCCUCUGGCACCUCCCUCUUUGACCUCUUGCGGCGGGCACAAGCGGCUUUUGGCAGCAGCAGCAGCAGCAGCAGCAGCAGCAGCACCACCACCACCACCACCACCACCACCAGCAUCAGUAGCAGCAGCAGUAGCAGCAGCGGGCCUCUACUACCUCAGAAGCUGGCUGGCGUGACGUCAUCACGCCUCUCCACCAUGUCAGCCUCGUUAAACAGAAUCUCGUUACAAGCAGCUGCGAUACAAUCUACUCUGGAGCGCAUUCUAGCAGUCUUAGGCCAGGCAAACGGAGAGGCUAGUCUUCCGAACGCGCGUGAGCUGAGGUCUCAGCUGGUAGACCUAACCACUUCCCUGCAGAACGCGGCUGGGGGCAUUCAGGGGGAGCGGAAGCAGCUGUGGACGGCUGCCAGAGCGCUGUGGACGUCCCUGGCUGCCAGUGUCCCAGGCGCCAGAAGCCAUGGCGCGGUCAACACGAUGAUCCGAGCCGGCAUGGCAAUGGAGCGGCAUGCAUCCCCCGUGGGCCCCGUGGCGUCCCUGGCAUCGCGCAUCGCCACUCUCGCGCGCCUCUCCGCUGCUCCCAUCAGCGCCCUUGACAGAGAGGCCUUGGAGGUUCCCAGGAGGACCAGCAGCACUGGCGAUAUCUUGAACACUGAUGCUAAGGGUGGGGUAUUCUACGUAGCCUAUCGCUCUCACCCUAGUGUGGAGUACUCCGUGGUAUAUGCGGACAGCAGCACUUCCCAAGGCAACACUGACGUAGUUGUGUUACACACAUGCCAAAGUCACUGCAAGUCUAUUGCUAGUGGCUCAUGUGGCCAGUCUAGAUACAUUGUGCUGUCACGACAGCCAAGCAUAGACACUCACAUUCUAGACAACGUUUCGGAGGGGCUAAAGGACAGAGGGAUCCAUUUGGAAGGGGUAAAUUUGCUGUUACCCACAAACCAGAACCCAAGAGGAUGUUCAGAUUCUUGGGGCCUAAGGCAAGGGCUGGGUGACGUGUCAUUCACCUCCAACAAGGUGUAGAUUUGAAUUUUGCGACGCGAUGUGAAGCGCUCACCUCGAGUGGAAUCAAUAGUAAAUUCAGUAGCUUUCUAUCGUCAUGUGCUGUUAUUGCAAUCAUCGCGCGACAAUACCGAUGUACCCGUUUUUGUCAUAUCGAGU